AUGUGCACCAGAGGCCAUUGGAGGCCAGAUGAAGAUGAGAAACUCGGGGAAUUAGUGGAACGGUAUGGGCCUCAUAACUGGAAAGCCAUAGCUGAAAAGCUUCCUGGAAGAUCAGGGAAAAGUUGUAGGUUGAGGUGGUUUAACCAAUUGGACCCAAGGAUCAACAGAAGCCCUUUUACAGAAGAGGAAGAAGAACGGCUUCUUGCAUCUCAACGGGUCUAUGGCAACAGAUGGGCAGUUAUUGCACGGCUUUUCCCUGGGCGUACUGACAAUGCAGUGAAGAACCACUGGCAUGUGAUAGUGGCACGAAGAUGUAAAGAGAGAUCAAGAUUCUAUGGAAAGAGAGCUGCUCAAAUGUUGAUUAAUGAGGCAAAAUCUUUGUUGAAACAAGAUGUGAAUUUGAACGAUGAGCCCUCAGACUUUGCUUCCUUGGCGCAAAAGUACUAUCAAAGACAUUUGAGUCCAAGCAUACAAAGCCAUCUCCUUUGUCCUAAAGAGUACAUCCAUCCUGAGAUUCCUAGAUUUUGCACCAAGAUUGCAGAUGGGAAUAACCCAAUUCAGUUUUAUGAUUUUCUCCAAGGGAACACCAGCUCUAAUGGAAGUGAAGUGGUAGACCAUGAAAGAAGGGAUGAGCAAGAGGUGGUACAGAAAUCUAACAAGCAAGAGAGAAAGGCUGGCGUUGCAUUCAUAGACUUCUUAUCAGUUGGAGCUUCUUCAUAG